AUGCUAAUCCUCUCUAUCUCUAACCGAGUCAACGUUUGUGCGGAGACCGGACAAUCUGUUGGAUCUAAUCCAAUUUCUUCUUCCCUUUCUCCUCGGGAGCUGCUUGCUACUGUUGUUUUGCUGUGAAUGAAUUCUGGUAGCUCUUAGAAAAGAUGGACGCAUCGGCCGUGGUCCGUGUGGUGGAUAAGCUCAGCAAGCUCAUCUACCAAGAAGCAAACUACUUGGGCAGCUUCCGCGACGCGGUGGAGUGGCUGAACAUUGAGCUGCACCGAAUCCAAUGCUUCCUCAAAGACGCGGAGCCCAAGGGAAGCAAGGGAGACGAAAGAGUGAAGAAUUGGGUGCGCGAGAUCCGAGACGUGGCCUACGAGAUCGAAGACCUCAUCGACAUCAUCGGAGCUGCGUCCAAGAGGAAGAAUCACCGGAGGAGAAAACGAACCUUCGUUGGGUUAGCGUCAAGAUAUGCCACUGCCCCCUUUGACUAUUAUUCCCGGCACCAUCUUCUUUGCGGUAUCGAUCGGAUUAAGGAAAAGAUCGUUGACAUUUCUAGGAGCAGAGAAAUCUUUGGCGUUUCCAAUUUUGGCGGUAGCCGCGAUCCUGAUCGUGUGGAUGUCAACCUUCCCACGCCUCUACUCGCGUCCCCUGAUUUCGAGGAUGAUGUCCAUCUCGUUGGCUUCGAGGAAGACAAGGAGCUACUGGUGCGGCACUUGAUCGAUCAGCAGAAUCAAUGGCGAAGCUUCGUUUCUGUAGUGGGCAUGGGCGGUCUCGGCAAGACUACCCUCGCCAAGAAGGUCUACCGUGAUCCUCGAGUCCGAAAGCAGUUCGACGUGCUGUGCUGGGUCAGCGUCUCCAAAAACUACAGAGGAGCCGAGUUCCUGAACUGCAUCAUCGAAAAAGUCAUGGGCCUCACCGGGGAGGAAUUGCUGAGGAUGAGGCGGGAGGAGCUCGAGAGGAAGCUCGAUCAGCAGUUCCAAGAACGGAGAUGCUUGAUCGUGUUGGACGAUGUCUGGCUGAGCAGCACAUGCGAAGACCUGAAACGGCUUUUCCCUGAUCACAAGAAUGGAAGCAGAGUCUUGCUCACCACUCGCAGUUUGGACGUGGCGAGGUCAGCGGAUCCCUCGUUCGCCCCCCACAUGCCUCGGUUCCUGGAUGACGACGAGAGCUGGGAGCUGUUGCAGAAGAAGGCUUUUCCGUCACGCAGAGGCCAUGAAAGGAGGUGUCCAGGAGACCUAGAAGAGGUAGGCCGAAAGCUAGCGAAGAAUUGCCAUGGCUUACCUCUUGCUCUGGUGGUGCUCGGGUCGCUUCUCUUCAAAAAGGGUCCUUUCCCUGCAACCUGGAACCGAGUGUUCGAGAGCUUGGAUUGGGAAUUCAUGGAGGAUGGGAACAAGUGUUUCGACAUCUUGGCUCUCAGCUACGAUGACUUGCCCGACGACAGCUUUAGAUCAUGCUUCCUGUACAUUUCUUCCUUCCCGGAAGGCUCGGAGAUCUUCGUGUCUAGGCUGAUCGAGCUGUGGAAUGCAGAAGGGUUCAUAAGGCCGAGGCCCAAAGAAGCAGUGGAGAAAACGGCGAAGGAUUACAUCGAUGAGCUCUCGCAGCGGUGCAUGGUGCAGGUGGUGAAGAGGAUCGCCGGCCAUGGGCCGGCGAAGUCGAUAAGAAUCCACGACCUGCUGCGAGAAUGGUGCAUAUCCAAGGCGAGAAUGGAAGGCUUUCUCCACGUCGUCGGCGGCAAAGAAAAGAACGCCGCCGCGAUAGAUGCGACGACGGCGUGCCGUCGCACGGCUCUCCCGGAUGGCCUGAACGGCGGCGGAGGACCGUACGUCCCCUCCCCCAAGCUGCGCGCUCUGCUGGCGUUCAACUGCAAGAACUUGGGGAAUUCCAAACAGCUCUCGUUCACCAGCCUUCGCACGCUCAGAGUGCUUUACCUCGAGGGAAGCUCAGGAAUCAUGAAACUUCCCGAGGACAUCAAGAGCAUGGUUCACUUGAGGUAUUUGGGAUUGAAAACCAGGCUGGUAGAGCUCCCGCCUUCCAUCGCCGACUUGCCGUAUCUGGAAGUCCUCGACGCGCGACUAAGCAGAAUCAUCCAGCUGCCGAGUAGAUUAUGGAGGAUCGCGACGCUGAAGAAGGUGUACGUCGGCUCCGUGGAACAGCCAGUUAAAAUCUCCAAGUUGGGGAAUUCUCAGAGCUUGCGAGUCGUAGAAUGGGUCGACAUCGCCGGAGGAUGGAUUGAGAGAACCGAGAACGAAAUCUCCAGCUUCCGCAAGCUGGGAAUUACAGGCAUUCAGCAGGCCCAUCGCAAGGCACUGACAAGAUUUCUGAGAAAAUUACGCCAUCUCGCCUCUCUAAACCUCUGUUUCUCCGAUCACGACGGAGAAAUCUUAACUCACGUUUUGAGGUCACUUUCCGACCAUCACGAGCUCCGCUCGCUCAAGCUGCACGGCCGAUACUUCCUAGCGAUCUCGCGCCGCGCUUGGGGGGCGUUUCCCCCAAACUUAACCAAGCUCGUGCUCAACAGGUUUGAGUUCCUGCAAGAUCCAAUGGAGGAGCUCGAGAAGCUGCGCCACCUCGUGGACCUUCAGAUCUUAGCCCCUGAAGUAGGGCACCAUCUCGUGGCGCCGGACUACAAAGUGAUGACAUGCUCCGCCGGAGGCUUCCCUCGCUUGCAGCAUCUGCAAAUGUACGGCCUCAAAGUGGAGGAAUGGAGGAUCGAGGCUUCGGCCAUGCGCAGCCUCACGAGCUUGACGGUGAUCAGCAUGGUGAAGCUGAGAAGGGUGCCGGAAGGGCUGCAGCAUAUCGCCACCCUGCAGGAACUAGCAUUCAACGACAUGUCGCGGGAUUUCUACAGGCGAAUCAAGGCGAGCGAGGGCGAGGACUGGCAGUUCAUUAGCCACGUUCCCUGUGUCAGUAUCCGAGAAGGAUUCAUGAAGAUCUGGCUCAGUGAUUCCUUCCCUAGCCAACAGCUCAAGGCCUUCAUAUUCUCUCGGAAGGCUGCUAAAGAAUUCAUCAUGGGAGGCAGAAGCAGCAACGUCCCAGAAAAGUUGCAGUUGGAAUUAUUAACGUCUGAGGAUUCGCCUGGGGUGUUGGAUGAAACGGAUACGGUGAUCGAGGGUAGAUAGAAGAUGUGACGAGGGACAGCUAAAGAGAAGAUUACCUAUCCACCUUCAGAUUUUUUUAUAAAAGGAGUGCCAGCUUGGACGACGGCGACUCGCCAUCCAAAAGCAAGCGCGCGUCUGAUUCCUUGCUACGCGGCGGCGUUUCCCUGCUCCUCCUACUCGCACCGACGAGUACGGCCAAAUGCCCGGCGCCCACGCGUCGGAACGACUGCUUCCUGUCCUUUUGAUUUGACCCGCCCCUUCACUCCCAGCUACCGCCUCGCCAGCAGCAUAAGACGAAUCGCCUCCCGUCUCUCGCUCCUCAGCAACGCAACCGACUGAAACAGAGCGCUAGCUGAUCGCUUGAUGGUGAUGGAGUGCCGCUGGUUGGAGAGGGUGGUGCUGCUCCUCCUCCGGCGACCUCGGCUCGCCGACCGGACCACAGGGGUCGGGAAGCUGCGGAAGGAGGUGAGUGAGUGCGAGUACAGAGACGUUCAAGUGAUGUGGGAGGUGCUGCAGCGGAAGGCCGCCGCCGACGACGAUCGGGAUAUGGAUCGCUGAGAAUCAAUGUAUAUAGUCUCCGGCGAGGCGGACGGACCUCCCUCUUCUUCCUUUCUCACUUUGGCUUCUAACUGUGAUUUAACUGAUGAUUAAGCUCUGUUGUGCUGUGUGUUUGAAUCAGUUUCAGAGAUAAUUUCAGUUUGAUUAAUUUAAAAUUUUGAUAUAAUUUCAAUGAAUUUGCUAUUUUAAGAA